AUGCCGCCCGCGACGCCGCCUACAUUCCGGUCCCUCUCCACCUGCAGCCGCACCCGCGGCCCCGAACGCUCCUCCUCGAGCCUCAAGGCCGUGCAGCGCUCCGCGUCGGCUAGGUUCUCUCGCCAGAACACCACGCGCGAGGUGAUGCUCAACGACAUCGUCGGGAACGGAAUCUCCGGCAUCUUGUACAAGUGGGUUAACUACGGGCGAGGGUGGCGCCCGAGGUGGUUCGUCCUCCACGACGGCGUCCUCUCUUAUUUCAAGAUUCACGGCCCCGAUAAGCUCGUCCUCAACGGUGAAGUCGAGACCGGGUCAAAGGUCAUCGGCGGAGAGUCCCUCCGCCGCAUCGCCAGUCACCGCCAUUGCCCUUCGCGCCACCGCAAACCCGUCAGCGAAGUCCACCUCAUGGUAUGUUCGGUGAGAGAGAGCAGGUCAGAUGAGAGGAGGUUUUCUGUAGGUACAGGGACAAAGAAGAGGUUGCAUUUGAGGGCGGAGAGUAGGGAAGAUAGGGCAAUGUGGGUGGAAGCAAUGACGGCUGUGAAGGACAUGUAUCCUAGAAUGCCAAAUACAGAGAUUAUGUCUCCUGUGAUGUCGAUGGUGAUUUCAACUGACAAGUUGAGGCAGAGGCUUUUACAGGAGGGUGUGAAUGAGGCUGCUAUUAGGGAAAGUGAGGACAUCAUGAGAGCUGAGCUCUCCCAAAUGCAUAAACAUGUUGUAGCCCUUAAGCACAAGCAGUUGCUACUCAUGGAUACUCUGCGCCAUUUAGAGGAAGAGAAGGUUGACUUGGAGAACACCCUUAUUGAAGGCCAAAUGCAAUCAAAGGAUGAUGGGGAUCCCUAUCUAUCAACGCAUGAAACAUAUAGUGAUGGAAGUGCUAGUGAUUAUUCUGAUGAGCACGAUAGGCAUGAUCACUCUGAUGAAGACCAUGAUGCAUUCUUUGAUACAUGUGAAAUUCUGUCAACAUGUUCUGUUAGAAGUAAUGGAUCUGAACAUGAGGAGACUAGUCCAAUAGGCAAAUAUGAUGCAAAGUCUCCUAUAGGAUCUGUUGGAUUUAACUAUCCUCAUAUCAAACGACGAAAGAAGUUGCCUGAUCCCGUUGAGAAAGAAUAUGGAGUUGGUCUUUGGUCAAUAAUAAAAGAUAAUAUCGGAAAGGAUCUUACAAAAGUUUGUCUUCCAGUUUACUUUAAUGAACCUCUAUCCUCAUUGCAGAAAUGUUUUGAAGAUCUGGAGUACUCUUACCUUCUAGACCAAGCUUAUGAAUGGGGUAAAAUGGGAAACAGUUUAAUGAGGGCACUACAUGUGGCUGCAUUUGCAGUUUCAGGGUAUGCUAGCACCAGUGGUAGAAGUUGCAAACCAUUUAAUCCACUGUUGGGUGAGACAUAUGAGGCAGAGUAUCCAGACAAAGGCAUCCGCUUUAUCUCCGAGAAGGUCAGUCAUCACCCCAUGAUUAUUGCUUGCCAUUGUGAGGGCAGUGGCUGGAGAUUUUGGGGUGACAGCGAUUUAAAAAGUAAAUUUUGGGGUCGUUCAAUUCAGCUUGAUCCUGUUGGUAUAUUGACUCUGGAAUUUGAUGAUGGAGAAGUCUUUCGUUGGAGCAAGGUAACCACAUCCAUUUACAACCUCAUUUUAGGAAAACUCUACUCCGACCAUUAUGGCACAAUGCGGGUAGAGGGGAACCGUGAGUAUUCAUGUAAGAUCAAAUUCAAGGAGCAGUCAAUCAUUGAUAGAAACCCUCACCAGGUUCACGGCAUAUUGGAAGAUAAGAAAGGUAGAACAGUGGCAAAUCUAUUUGGGAAGUGGGAUGAGAGCUUGUAUUGUGUAAUUGGAGGGAAUUCUGGUAAAGGAAAAGGGUCCAAUGUAGCAUCAAAACCACAACUUCUGUGGAAGCGGAGCCAGCCACCCGAACACCAAACAAGAUAUAACCUUACACAAUUUGCCAUUACAUUAAAUGAAAUCACACCUGGACUAGAGGAGAAGUUGCCUCCAACAGAUUCGAGACUAAGACCUGAUCAAAGGUGUUUGGAGAAUGGAGAGCAUGAAAUGGCCAAUUCUGAGAAGUUGCGGCUGGAACAAAGACAGCGGCAGGCACGGAUGAUGCAAGAAAGGGGUUGGAAACCAAGGUGGUUUGCUAAGGGAAAAGGAAGCAAUCCUAAUUACCGUUAUGUUGGUGGAUACUGGGAAGCUAGGGAAAAAAGGAAGUGGGGAUCCUGUCAUGACAUUUUUGGCCAACUCUCUAUUGAUACUGAUUUUAACCCAACUCCUUAA